AUGUCACUGGAAAGACCAGAAGAGACAGCUAAUGGGGCGCUGUUGUCCACCGAUGAACAUUUGGAUGAAGCUAAAAUGGAAAAGAAGAAUGAUAUGAAGAUUACUGAUAAUGAUAUGAAACGCACUGAUAAUUUACAACAACAAUCUGCCUUGGCUUUCAAUAAACUUCAAAUUACCAAUCAUGGAUGCACAGGUGAUUCACGACGCAGCAAACUUCUUUUCUUAUGGAAAUAUCUCACACUUCGUGGCUUAUUUCGACUUUUAGGUGAAAAUGUUGGUUCUUAUCCGAUAGUAUACAUUUUGUUAUCAUUAUUGAUCUCGACAAGUUCGUUUGGUAUUUUUAAAAUUGUUUUACGUGAUCGAAUAAGAGAUGGUUAUACACCAACUAAUGCACCGUCCAGAUAUGAAAUGGAUGUAUUGCGAGAAUUUUGGAAUUCUACCGGUGAUCCAAUGGUUACAGUAGUAUUAUUAACAGCAAAAGAUAAUGGAUCAAUGUUACGCGAUGAUUAUUUGAAUGAAAUUGAACGUUUAACAAAUUAUUUGAUGACUAAUCAUAGUGUAUUAUAUGAUAAUCAACCAAUUAUAUAUGAAAAUUUUUGUUCACCGUAUUGUAGGAUGAAUAUUGCAUUAAAACUUUUUAAGGAAGGCGUUGAUGUUGAACGAAUGCAUUUGGAGCGUGGUGAAGCACUUUCAUAUGAUACAUCAUUAACAUAUCCAAUAGCAAAAAUUGAUGGUUUUGAUAUUCAUUUGGAAAGAAAUUUUUUUGGUAUAACAUUAAAAGAAACACCUCAAAAAGAUAUGUUUAUUGGUCAAAAUAUUACUGCUGAUAAAUUACCAAAAAAUGUUUCAUAUGCACAAUUAGUAUCAAAUUUACAAUUUGUUAAAGUAGUUUUAGCACUUUAUCGUGCUGAUCGAUCAUCACCUGAAAUGGAACGAAAAUUAUCGCUCUGGGAAUUAUCAGUUUUUGAAUUUGCUCGAAAGCAAUACAAAAAUUAUUUAAUUGAUAUGGAGGUAAUUGGAACAGAAAUUCUUAAUCAAGAAAUGAUCAAAGAUGGACAAAAACUUGCACCAUUUUUUGCUGCAGGUUUUGGUUUUAUGAUGUUUUUUGUAACUGUUACGGUUCUUGCAAGUGCAAUUUUUUAUAAUGCAAUGGAUUGGGGUAAAGUUUUGGUAGCAUUUGGUUCCAUUUUAUGUCCAAUACUUUCAAUUACAUCAUCAUAUGGUAUUAUAUCACUUUUUGGUAUUAGAACAAAUUCAUUAAUGCUUGUUAUGCCAUUUCUUAUUAUGGGCAUUGGUGUUGAUGAUGCAUUUUUAAUGAUUCAUCCAUGGCAACGUUUAGCAUUGUUUACUAGCAGUGUUAGUGUUCGAAUUGGUUUAGUAUUUGAAGAAGUUGGACCAUCAAUUACGAUUACUUCAUUAACUAAUUUCAUUUCUUUUAGUAUUGGUGCUUUAACUCCAACACCAGAAAUACGAUUAUUUUGUGUUUCAACAGCAAUUGCAAUGGGAUUAGAUUAUUUAUAUGAAUUAAUUCUCUUUGGACCUAUACUAGCAUUAGCCUCACAUUGUGAAAAACGUAAUAAAAAGUAUACAAUAUCAUCAUAUUCACAAAAACCUUUAUUAUAUGGAUGGCGUUUACAGAUUGAUACCUUUAUGAAAUGGAUUCUACGAAUGUACUGUCGUAUUUUGGAACAUCGCUGUUUCACGAUAUUUUUAUCUAUUGCAGUGAUUAUAUACUGGUAUUUUUCUAUUAUCGGAGCAUUGAAUAUCAAAACUAGAUUAGAUACGGUGAAAAUUUUACCCCGAGAUUCACCAAUACAAAGGCCAAAUCGAAUACUUAAUGAUAUUAUUUGGGAUGAAUAUCAUCCGGUAACAGUACUUGUAAAUAAUCCGUUAGAUAUCCGGAAACGUGAACCAAUGCAACGAUUUUGGCAACUUGUUAAUGAUUUUGAAAGUUUACCAUUGUGUAGAGGAAAUAUUUCAACAUUAUUAUGGCUUCGUGACUAUGAGCACUAUUAUAAGCACGGUGAUCCAUUAUCAUCAUUGUGGUCAUUUUUUAAUUUGAAAGAGACGAAAUCAAUUUCUCACUCUGAAACUGGUCUUGACUUUGAUAAAUUGGAAUACUUUCUCGAAUCACCGUUUUAUGCUCAUUGGAAUGCAUGUAUGAUUGUGACUAAUACAAAAGAAGGAUUUCGAGUAAAUCGUUUUUGGUUUGUUGUGGCUUACAAAAAUACAUCAACAUGGGAAGUACGAAUUGAAUUAAUGGAGAAAUGGCGUAAAAUUGCUAAUAACUAUAAAGAUUUGAAUGUAACAGUUUGGGAGGCUAAUGGAAUGUUUGUGGAUCAAAUGCUUAGUUUAAAAACAGUUGCAAUGCAGACUGGCACAUUAACAUUAAUUUGUAUGGCAGUUGUUUGUGCGUUGUUUAUUCCGAAUCCUUGUAGCAUUAUUACGGCUUCAAUUGCAAUCGCUUCCAUAAGUCUCGGUGUGUUUGGCUUUCUAUCUUGGUGGCAUUUUGAUCUGGAUCCGGUUACAACGGUUGCAGUAUUGAUGUCUAUUGGUUUAUCGGUAGAUUUCACCGCUCACGUCUCUUAUCAUUAUCAGCUAACAAAUCGACGAGAAAUUCGAAAUAAAAAAAUUGUGAAAAUACCAAUUAAAGGACCACAUGAAAAGUUACAACACACUUUGGAAACUGUUGGUUGGCCAAUGAUACAAGCUGGUGCAUCAACAAUAAUGUGUGUUUUACCGCUUAUUUUUUUGCAGAGUUAUUCACCAAUGGUUUUUUUCAAAACGAUCAUUCUUGUUGUAUCGUGGAGUUUACUACAUGGACUUAUCAUUUUACCCGCAGUUUUGGGUGCAUUACCAGAUUGUCUAACAAAUGCUAAUUGUUAUCGAACAUUUUUAUCAACAAGCAGUCAAAAAUCAUGUCGUUAUGUUGGUCCAAAUGAAUUAGAUCAAAUUGAUGGACAAGAAAUGGAAUCCAGCGAUUAA